AUGGAGAAGGGCAGCAGAGGACCAAUCAGGAAGCCCAAGUACGUGGAGAGUCCCCGAGUGCCAGGAGAUGCCGUUAUAAUACCAUUGAGAAAAGUGUCAGAGUCAACAGAGUCCAAUCAGAAUGAAGCAAAACCAGACAAUGAAUCGAGCUGUUCGCCUGCAGCUCAGGAACUGUUGACGAGGCUGGGAUUUUUGCUGGGAGAAGGGAUCCCAAGCACCGCACACAUAGCCCUUGAAGAAAAAAAUGAAGCCAUGUGUACUGCUCCUAGUCAAGGAAUCAGCCCUUGCUCUACUCUAACGAGCAGUACGACAUCACCUAGCACCGACAGUCCCUGCUCAACCUUGAAUAGCUGUGUCAGCAAGACGGCAGCAACCAAAAGUCCCUGUGGGACCAUUAGCAGCCCUAGUUCCACACUGGAAAGCAAGGACAGUGGGAUUAUAGCCACAAUUACGAGUUCAUCUGAGAACGAUGACCGGAGUGGCUCCAGUUUGGAGUGGAGUAAAGAUGGAAGCUUAAGGAUUGGUGUACAGCAAGGAAUUCUUCAUGAUCGGAGGGCAGAUAACUGUUCCCCGGUGGCAGAAGAGGAGACAACUGGGUCAACAGAGAGUCUGCCCAAAGCAGAAGCAUCUGUUGGAGAUGGUCCUGUUCCAUACACACAGAACUCCAGCUCCCUAAUAAUGCCACGGCCUAACUCAGUUGCAGCAACAAGCUCAACAAAGUUGGAAGAUUUGAGCUACUUAGAUGGACAGAGGAAUGCUCCCCUUCGAACCUCAAUCAGAUUGCCAUGGCACAAUACCGCGGGAGGUCGAGCCCAACAAGAAAUUAAAGCACGGUUUGUCCCUUACAAGCCACAAGACAUUUUGUUGAAGCCACUGUUGUUUGAAGUGCCAAGCAUAACAACAGAUUCUGUGUUCGUUGGAAGAGAUUGGCUCUUUCAACUGAUAGAAGAAAACUUGAAGAAUACAGAGUUGGCAGAAAAUAGGGGAGCAGUCGUUGUUGGAAAUGUGGGAUUUGGGAAGACUGCAAUUAUUUCUAAGUUGGUGGCACUUAGCUGCCAUGGGAGCCGCAUGAGACAGAUUGCUUCAAACAGUCCCAGUUCAUCGCCUAAAAGUUCUGAUCCCUGCCAGGACCUUCCUUUCACUCCAUUGUUCUCACCUAGUGCUUCUGCGGGUGCUACCAGUGCUGUGAAAACCCCAAGUUGUCCUGGUACUCCUGAGCAUCAGAGACCAGUAGAUGGUGCCUUGAGAUACCUUGCCUCCAAGGUGGUGGCCUAUCACUAUUGCCAAGCUGACAACACCUACACAUGUCUGGUCCCCGAGUUCGUGCACAGCAUCGCUGCAUUGCUGUGCCGGUCACAUCCGCUGGCCGCCUACAGAGACCUGCUGAUAAGAGAACCGCAGCUCCAGAGCAUGCUGAGCCUGAGGUCGUGUGUUCAGGACCCAGUGGCAGCAUUCACCAGAGGAGUCCUGGAACCACUCGCAAACCUCAGAAAUGAGCAGAAAAUUCCAGAGGAAGAAUACAUUAUUUUGAUAGAUGGCCUAAACGAAGCUGAGUUUCAUAAACCCGAUUAUGGAGAUACACUUUCUUCAUUUAUUACCAAAAUUAUUUCUAAAUUUCCUGCCUGGCUGAAGUUGAUUGUAACUGUAAGAGCAAAUUUUCAGGAAAUCAUAAGUACAUUGCCAUUUGUCAGAAUUUCAUUAGAUGAUUUCCCUGAAAACAAAGAGAUCCACAAUGAUCUGAAUGCCUAUGUCCAGUACAGAAUCAAUAGUAGCCAAGAGAUUAUCAACAACAUUUCUCUGAAUGGGAAAGCGGAUGCUGUCAUCAUUGGGAAAGUGAGCAACCAUCUCGUCAUGAGGAGCUUGGGAUCUUACCUGUACCUGAAGCUGACAUUAGAUCUCUUUCAAAGAGGACAUUUAGUGAUUAAAAGUGCGAGCUACAAAGUUGUUCCUGUGUCUUUGUCAGAACUCUAUUUGCUCCAGUGCAACAUGAAGUUCAUGACCAACUCUGCCUUCGAGAGGGCACUUCCCAUUUUAAAUGUGGCUCUUGCAUCCCUUCACCCCAUGACAGAUGAACAGAUUUUUCAGGCCAUCAAUGCUGGUCACAUUCAAGGCGAACAGGAGUGGGAAGACUUUCACCAAAGAAUGGAAUCCCUUUCCUGCUUCCUGAUAAAAAGGAGGGAUAAAACUCGCAUGUUUUGCCACCCAUCCUUCAGAGAAUGGCUCGUUUGGAGAGCUGAUGGGGAAAACACUGACUUCUUAUGCGAGCCAAGGAAUGGGCAUGCCCUUUUGGCAUUCAUGUUCUCCAGACAGGAGGGAAAGUUGAACCGCCAGCAAACCAUGGAACUUGGGCAUCACAUUCUUAAGGCACAUAUUUUUAAGGGUCUCAGUAAAAAAACUGGAAUUUCUUCAAGCCACCUUCAAGCCCUGUGGAUUGGGUACAGUACUGAUGGGCUGUCGGCUGCUCUUGCGUCCUUGAGAAAUCUUUACACUCCCAAUGUGAAGGUAAGCCGUCUCUUGAUCUUGGGAGGAGCCAAUGUAAACUACAGGACAGAAGUUUUAAAUAAUGCCCCAGUGUUAUGCGUCCAAUCUCACCUUGGCCAUGAGGAAGUGGUCACUCUCCUGUUGGAAUUUGGAGCUUGCCUGGACGGGAUGUCAGAGAAUGGCAUGACUCCACUCUGCUAUGCAGCAGCUGCUGGCCAUAUGAAUAUAGUCUCUCUGCUGUCCAAAAAGGGAGCAAGGAUUGAUCACCUGGACAAGAAAGGCCAAUGUGCAUUAGUGCAUAGUGCUUUAAGGGGGCACUGCGAUAUCCUGAAAUACUUGCUCAGUUAUGAUUGGGCAGCAAGUAUUCAUCAGCAAAAUGUGUUAAGGAAAAGCCAGGCACUUCAGCAGGCAUUGACUGCAGCCUCUAGUAUGGGUCACAAUGGGGUAGUCCAGUGCUUGCUGGGAAUGGAAAAGGAAUAUGAAGUAGAUGUCAAUGGCACAGACACAUUAUGGGGAGAAACAGCUUUAACAGCUGCUGCAGGAAGAGGGAAGCUGGAAGUGUGCGAGUUGCUGCUUCAACAUGGAGCGACUGUAUCUAGAACCAACAAAAGAGGGAUCCCGCCCUUAUUCUGUGCUGUGCGUCAGGGCCACUGGCAGAUCGUCAGGUUGAUGUUAGAACAUGGCUGUGAUGUGAACUCAAGUGACAAGCAGGGUCGGACGCCACUCAUGGUGGCUUCUUGUGAAGGGCAUUUGAGCACAGUGGAAUUUCUGCUUUCCCAAGGUGCAACUAUUUCUUCUCUGGAUAAAGAGGGAUUGUCAGCAUUAAGCUGGGCAUGCCUGAAAGGCCAUCGGGGAGUUGUUCAGUACCUGGUGGAGAAGGGAGCUACAAUAGAUCAGACAGACAAAAAUGGGCGCACACCCCUAGAUUUGGCAGCAUUUUAUGGUGAUGCAGAUACUGUGCUGUAUCUCGUAGAGAAAGGAGCUAUCAUCGAGCAUGUGGACCACAGUGGCAUGCGCCCUUUGGAUAGGGCAAUUGGCUGUCGAAACACAUCUGUUGUGGUCACGUUGCUGAGAAAAGGAGCCAAAUUAGGAAAUGCAGCUUGGGCAAUGGCCACUUCCAAACCUGAUAUUUUGAUUAUACUUUUACAGAAGUUAAUGGAGGAAGGAAAUGUAUUGUACAAGAAAGGGAAGAUGAAGGAAGCAGCCCAGAGGUACCAAUGUGCCUUAAGGAAAUUUCCUCGUGAAGGUUUUGGUGAAGACAUGAAAGCGUUCAAUGAACUCCGGGUUUCCCUCUAUCUAAACUUGUCUCGGUGCCGAAGGAAAACAAAUGAUUUCGGCAUGGCAGAAGAAUUUGCUUCCAAGGCUCUGGAACUGAAACCUAAAUCCUAUGAAGCUUAUUAUGCCAGAGCAAGAGCAAAGAGGAAUAGCAGGCAAUUUGUGGCUGCUCUGGCUGAUCUGCAGGAGGCUGUGAAGCUGUGUCCCACCAACCAAGAAAUCAAGAGACUUUUGAGUCGCGUAGAAGAGGAAUGCAAACAGCUACAAAGGAGCCAGCAGCAGAAGCAGCAGUGCCCCAGCUCGGCCCCAGCCAAUGACUCUGACAAUGAGGACGAGGCCCCUGCUGCUGACUUGGACGAUCCCUUUCCCACAGAGGAGGUGGAAGAGGAAGAGCCAGUGCAGCCUGUGAUGCCUCAGCCCUCUUCCUCAGCACCUGCUCCCUAUAGCAGGACACUUCAGGAAGGACUACAACCCAAAGCAAGACCAGCCUCACCCCAGAAUAGGCCAGUGAACAGUAAGCUCCCAAGGGAACCAGUUGUUCAGCCAGGGCUGAUCAUGCAGCCUACCAAGCGGGCCCAGAUUGUGAAAACCAACCAGCACUUGAGUUCUCUUCAGGCUAACCUGAGAACUGGAGCAGGUCCUAAUGGGGCAAAGAGUCAGGCUUCUUCCCAGAACCCUCCCCCGAGCCCCAUGCCGGGGAGGUCCCCUGCAAUUCUUACAAACAGAGGCCAACAUUUAGAGGGGACAGGCUCUUUUACUGCAGGAGCUAACUCCAGCCUGUACAGUGACCGGCUGGGCAUCACCCAGAACGCGCAUCUGCAGCGUGGCGAGGGUGGUUCUGCCUAUCCUUUACCAAGCAAGGUUAAAACUGCAGAAAGGCUUCUAGCUCAUGCUUCCUUAGCGAUGGAUGUAGCCCCUACAAACCAAAAUGUGUCAGUGAAUUGCAGUGAUAUGAGAAAUGUAGGUUCUCUGGCCAGUUCAGCCUCUAAUGGUUCUCCAUCUGGCAGCAUGAAAAUGUCCAAUUCAGCCAGCAGUUUAGCUUCAAGUAGUAGUUUUUCAGAUGGUUUGAAGGUCCAAGGGGCAGAUGCAAGAAAUAAGGAGAAGGGGGCUAAUAACCAGGUUCAGAGUGGUACGGCUGAACACAGACCACGGAAUACUCCAUUCAUGGGGAUUAUGGAUAAGACUGCGAGAUUCCAACAGCAGGGAAAUCCAUCCAGCCGUACCUGGCACUGCCAGGUGACCGAGGGAUUACUGACAAACCCAUCUGCAGCUGGUCUGCAGUCUUCACACUGUGAGCAGCCCUCUGUCAAGCAGGCAGGCGGAUACAAUAACCAAACUAAAAUGUGUUCUGCUCCCCCCCUGGGUGGAAUUGUCCACAAUGGGGCCCAGUUGAAAGAACUCGAGGAAAACAAGUGCCAAAUACCAGCCCAUUGUCAAGACAGCCGGAGAGGCAAGAAUGUCUCUCAUUUGUAUCCGGAGACUAUCUCUAAACAACAGCCCCCUAUUAGUAAGGAAGCCCAUCGGAGUCACAUCACUUCAGCAAAACCAAAGCGAUCCUUCAUAGAGUCAAAUGUGUAA